UUAGUGGUUCAGAUAUUUUAUGGUUCAGAUUUUCUUCAGAAAAAUUAUUGAGAAAUAGAUAACAGAGCUAAUAUUAAAAUUAAUUAAUUUAAUAAAUUAAUAAGAUAAACAUGGAUAAUCAUUGGAAUUAUAAUCAACAAUAUUCACAAGUCCCUGUACAAGAAUCGCAACCAAAUCAAUUUAAUCAAAUGCCUGUACAAGGCAUGCAGACUGAAUAUUUUUAUACAAAUCAUUGGAAUCAAAAUUGGGGAACUGGGGCUAUUCCUAAUUAUACAUCUAUUCCACCACCUUAUUCCCCAGUUGGUGUAAAUCCUUAUAGCAUUCCACCGCCUAAUAUACCACCUCCAACUACUUCCUACUUUCCUUGCAUCAAUAACCCUUCGAUAUGCCAUGUUAAUUCUAAUAAAGAUGUAGAAGAAUACAGAGUUAAAAGAGAAACAUAUAGUUAUGAAAAUUGUAAUUCCUUGUCUUACUCGAGAUCCAUUACUACCAGAAGUGUCAACAAUUCAUAUUCUGAAAGACCAAAUGCUAGAAUUGAAGAUAUAACAAUUUUUAAUGAAAACCGUCCUACCAAUGCAAAUCUCAAUAAUAUUACAAGUCAAGAAAAUAUAUAUAAAAGUCAAGAUCCAGCUGUUAGAAUUAGAGUUCAAGAUAGUCAGACUAGAGCUCAAGAGACUAAAACUAGAGAUCAGGAUAGAAGAUAUAGAGAAAGUAGAACAAAAGAUCGAGAAAGCACUAGGGAUAGAGAAAGCAGAAUAAGGAGUAGGAGUAGAAGUAGAAGUAGAUAUAGGAGUAGAAGUAGACAUAGGAGUAGUAGUAAAUAUAGAGAUGACAGUAGAGAAAGGAAUAAUUAUAGAAGAUACAGAACAGUAUAUAAAGAGGAUAGAUCUACAAAACAUUAUAGUGAUAGAUACAAUACAUCAAGGCCUCAAGAUAAAAAAAUACUUACGGAAAGAGAUGAAAUAUUGGAUCAGUGGAAAAGAAAUUAUUGUAAUACUGAGCAACAGAUUAGUGAAAAAUUGGAAAUGUAUAAUAAAAAAACUGAAGAUAUUUUAAAUACAGAAAAAAAUAUUUGGAUCCGAUCUACACCUUCAGAAUUAUAUUAUGAAAGGGAUAUAAAUGAUUACAAAAACAUUAGAGCUACAUCUAAACUUAUUAACCUCUGUGAUACAUUUAAAGACACUUUAGUUAACAGGGCUUUGAAAGUUAAUUCUUUAAAGCCAAAAUAUACCCCGCCACCCAGAAAAAAUCGUGCCAGACUUUGUAAACAUAAAACAGAAGUAAGUAGUUCGGAUUCUGAUAGUUCAGAGAUUGAUCUGACAGAUGAAGAAGAUUAUUCCAUUGAAGAACUACAAAUAAAGCAGCGACAUCCAGAUCGUUUACAUCAAGAAAUGUGGUAUAAUGACUCUGGAGAAAUGAAUGAUGGCCCAUUAUGCAGAUGUUCCCAUAAAUCAAAAAAGUCUGGCAUCAGACAUGGUAUUUACCCUGGAGAGACUCCAAUAAUGAAAUGUGAUAUUAAUAGUAAUAAUUCAGAGAAGUUGUAUCACUAUAGAAUUAUUAUUUCACCUCCGACAAACUUUUUAAUAAAGGCUCCUACUAUUAUCCAGUAUGAUGAACAUGAAUUUAUAUUUGAGGGAUUUUCAAUAUUUUCUCACUCUCCUUUAGUAAAAUUACCUCCAUGCAAAGUUAUCAGGUUUAAUAUCGAAUAUACAAUUCUAUAUUAUGAAGAGAAAAUUCCUGAUAAUUUUACAGUGUGUGAACUUGAUCUCUUUACAGAUUUUCUUUUUAAAGAAAUUUUAGAAUUAGUCGAUUUAGAUUUAACUACACCUUUAGACAAUAAAUAUUGUUCCCAAUAUCAUUUCAUGCCACGAUUUGUUAGAGAGAUACCAGAUAAUGGUAAAGAAAUUUUAUGUAUGCAGGAAGUUUUACAGUAUUUAUUGAAAAGUUCAGUACCAUUAAUAGACCAGUCAGAAUUAGGAAGUAUGGUUAACAUGUCUCAAUAUGAGUGGCAGAAUUUUGCUGAUGAAUUAAAGGGCAUGGUAGUUACAUAUCCUGGAAAAAAACCAUCCUCGGUUAGAGUGGAUCAAUUAGAUCGUAAUAUUGAACUACAAAAAGAAGGUGAUUACAAAUUUCCCGAAAUUGUUCAUUUUGGAAUUCGACCGCCGCAACUAAGUUAUGCUGGAAAUCCAGAUUACCAAAAAGCAUGGCGAGAGUAUGUUAAGUUUAGACAUUUAAUUGCAAACAUGUCAAAACCAACUUUUGAAGAUAAAAGAAAACUCGAAGCAAAAGAGAAUAAACUUCAAGAGAUGAGAACUCAAGGAAAAAUGAAGAGAGAUGUUACAGUUGCAGUGUCUGCAGAAGGCUUUUAUAGAACAGGCAUUAUGUGUGACAUAGUUCAGCAUGCAAUGCUGAUACCUGUCUUAGUUUGUCAUCUAAGAUUUCAUUAUGCUUUAAAUAUACUGGAACAGUCAGUUGACUAUAAAUUUAAGAAUCGUGGAUUAUUGCAACUAGCGCUGACUCAUCCGUCAUAUAGAGAAAAUUUUGGUACUAAUCCAGACCAUGCUAGAAAUAGUUUAACCAACUGUGGUAUUAGACAGCCAGAAUAUGGAGAUAGAAGGAUACAUUACAUGAAUACUAGAAAAAGGGGGAUAAAUACUUUAAUAAACAUUAUGUCGCGAUUUGGUAAACAACGAGUGACUGAAUCUAAUAUUAGACAUAAUGAACGUUUGGAAUUUCUGGGUGAUGCUGUUGUGGAGUUUUUGUCAUCAAUUCAUUUAUUUUUUUCCUUUCCUCAUCUAGAAGAGGGAGGUCUAGCAACUUACAGAGCAGCAAUUGUGCAGAAUCAACAUCUAGCUUUAUUAGCAAAAGUGCUGAAAUUGGAUCAAUUUAUGUUGUAUGCUCAUGGCUCCGAUCUAUGUCAUGAUUUGGAGUUAGAACAUGCGAUGGCAAAUUGUUUUGAAGCAUUAAUGGGAGCGCUGUUCCUUGAUGGAGGUAUUGAUGUGGCAGACCGAGUUUUUUCAAACACGUUAUAUAAAAACGACCCGGAACUACUUCAGGUUUGGGUAAAUUUACCGCCUCACCCUUUACAAGAGCAAGAACCACUGGGCGAUCGACACUGGAUAGAAAAAUUUGAUAUUUUGAAGAAACUAACUGGUUUUGAAAAAAGCAUAAAUAUAGAAUUUAACCACAUUCGAUUACUCGCUAGAGCUUUUACUGAUAGGAGUGUCGGCUACACAAAUCUAACUAUGGGUUCUAAUCAAAGGCUGGAAUUUUUAGGGGACACAGUUUUACAGUUGAUUGCUUCAGAAUAUUUAUAUAAGUAUUUUCCUGAACAUCAUGAGGGACAUUUAUCUUUAUUGAGAAGUUCGUUAGUUAACAAUAGAACUCAAGCUGUGGUUUGUGACGAUUUAGGAAUGGCACAAUAUGCAUUAUACAACAAUCCAAAACCAGAACUAAAAACUAAAGAUAGGGCUGAUUUGUUAGAAGCAUUUAUAGGAGCUUUGUAUGUAGAUCAGGGAAUGGAAUAUUGCGAGGUGUUUUGUCAAGUAACUCUAUUUCCCAGAUUACAAGACUUCAUUAUGAAUCAAGACUGGAAUGAUCCUAAAUCGAAACUACAGCAGUGUUGUUUAACUUUAAGAACAAUGGAAGGUGGCGAACCAGAUAUUCCAGUUUAUAAGGUUAUUGAAUGCAAAGGACCUACAAAUACUAGAGUGUAUACUGUAGCUGUAUAUUUUAGAGGUAAAAGACUGGCCAGUGCUAUGGGACAUAGUAUACAGCAAGCUGAAAUGAAUGCGGCAAAAAAAGCAUUGGAAAUUUCACAAGACCUGUUUCCCCAACUAGAUCAUCAAAAACGAGUCAUCGCUAAAAGUAUGAAGAGACAAAAAAGGAAUAAAACUAAGGCGUUUAGUAAUUUCCGCCGUUUAGAUAAUAAAUCGCCUGAAAGUUAUUCAAGAAAGAGAUUCAGAUCUCGCAGUCCAAGCGACUCAAAGUAUAAACAGUCUUCUUCAAGAAAAGAUUCUGGAAGUGACGAAGAAAAAUAUAGACCAUCUUCAUCAAGAAAAUAUACUGGUAGUGAUGAGGAAAGAUAUAAGCCAUAUUCGUCAAGAAAAUAUUAUAGUAGUGAUGAAGAAAUACGUAAGCCAUCUACAAAAAGAGAAGAUACUGAUAGCGACGAAGAAAAAUAUAAGCAAUCUUCCUCAAGAAAAGACUCUGGUAGUGAUGAAGAAAUGCGUAGGCCAUCUGCAUCAAGAAAAUACACUGGUAGUAAUGAAGAAAAGGAUACGCCAUCUUCGUCAAGAAGAGAGUCUGGUAGUGAUGAAGAUUCUAACUAGUUAAAAUAGUUUUUUUAGGAAUAAGAUAUUUAUUUUACUUAGACGAAAAUUAUGAAUUAUUUAUUUUCAUAUCAAGUCCAAUUGUAAACAAAUUGCAAAUUUAGUUUAAUUUAAAUCGUCAAUUGAAUUAUUUAGCUGUAGGUUUGCCUCUAUAUUAAUUUUACAAAAAGUUUAAGUUAUACAAAAAUGAGCAGCUAAUUUUAGUUAGUCCAAAAGCGUGAAAAAUGCGAAUUCAAUUUAAUUUAAAUCAAAUUUACUAUUAUUUAGCUGUAAGUUGUAAUUUUUGCGAUAAUUUGUUUAAAACUUCUAUAUUUUUAUGAUUUUUUUGUGUAACUAGCUGUGAUAUUUUGUGUCAUAUAACACACGAAAUUUUCAAAUUGUUUAAAUAAUGCAGCUGAUUUAAUUUAUUGUAAUUCUAGUAUAAAAUAUUUAAGAAUUUAUGAUAUAGACUUUGUGUAUAUCUGUACUUCGCGACGGAUCCUGAAAAGUAUAUAUCACAAGAUCUAAAAUAUAAGUAAUAACAAUUAAGAAUUUUAUUUGAAUGAAGGCGCGUUUACACGGGUCUAGUGAAUUGAUCAAGUUACUUGAAUUCAACUGACAAAGCAUAUUCCGAGUUUACACAUAUCAUGUCAAAAAGCUUCUGUUAGUUCAUUCAGAAUAGUGAGAGUGCGUAAAGCUUCGUUCAGAAUCUCGCAAUUAUUGGUAACAAUUAGUGGUUUCAAUUAGCGUAGAAGUUUGUUCCUUUAAUUUUACAGAACGUCAAAAUUAGUGGUAGGCAUUUUCAAUUAGUAGAAAAAGUUAUCAAACUUUUAACU